AUGGCCGAUGAAAAUUACACGCGUGAAGAUGAAGAAUUUGAGGAUGAGGAGCUCAAUGAGACCGUAAGUAUACAGUCUCCCACAUUAUCGUUAUCAAUUGUUGACUGUUGCCUCCAGAGCUUCAAAUCAGUGAAGGAUGCCGUGCUAUUUGCCAUAGAUAUCAGCAGCUCAAUGCUGAAGCCUCGUUCAUCACCAGAUGCAAGGAAAUACAAUGACGAGUCGCCUGCGUCGGCUGCAUUGAAGUGUGCAUACCAUCUGGUUCAACAGCGCAUUAUCUCAAACCCUCGUGAUAUGAUCGGCGUCAUGCUCUAUGGAACUGAUUCAUCCAAGUUCUACGAUGAAGAUGAGAGUGGAGACCUUUCAUAUCCUCACUGUUACUUGUACACAGACCUUGAUGUUCCAUCAGCCGAGGAGGUCAAGCACUUGCGGUGUCUGGCAGACCCAGUGGCAGAUGACGAAGAUGCAAGGGGCAUCCUCAAACCAUCUCAAGAGCCAGUAUCCAUGGCCAAUGUGCUGUUCUGCGCAAAUCAAAUUUUCACCUCCAAAGCCCCAAACUUCCUAUCCCGUCGGCUAUUCAUUGUGACCGACAAUGAUGAUCCUCACUCAGAGAACAAGGCCCUGCGUUCUGCGGCGACAGUUCGAGCAAGGGACUUGUAUGAUCUUGGCGUGAACAUUGAAUUGUUCCCCAUCUCAGAACCGGAUCGUGAAUUUGAUACUGCUAAAUUCUACGAUGAUAUCAUCUACAAAACUUCACCUAGUGAUGGAGAUGCACCGGUCUAUCUGCAACCAGACACCAACACAGCAACGGCUAAAGGUGAUGGCCUCUCUUUGCUCAACUCUUUGCUGUCUAGCAUAAACUCUAGAUCCGUGCCCCGUCGGUCCCUCUUCUCAAAUGUGCCCCUCGAGAUUGGCCCCGAUCUUAAAAUAUCCAUCAACGGAUAUCUGCUUUUGAAGAAACAAGAACCUGCUCGCAGUUGCUUUGUUUGGCAGGGUGGCGAGGUUCCUCAGAUUGCCAAGGGCGUCACGACACAAAUGGCCGACGAUACUGCACAAGAAGUAGAAAAGGCUGACAUCCGCAAGGCGUACAAAUUUGGUGGGGAGCAGGUCACUUUCACAACCGAAGAAACACAAGCUUUGCGGAAUUUCGGUGAUCCAGUCAUCCGCAUCAUUGGCUUCAGGCCGCUCUCGGCCCUUCCAAUCUGGGCUAACGUUAAGCAUCCCUCAUUCAUCUACCCCUCUGAGGAAGGCUAUGUCGGCUCAACACGUGUCUUCUCUGCUUUGCAUCAGAAACUCCUUGACUCCAAUAAAUUGGCAUUGGUGUGGUUCAUUCCUCGCAAGAAUGCCUCCCCGGUCUUGGCUGCAAUGAUUGCUGGAGAAGAAAAGGUUGACGACAAUGGCGUGCAAAAACUCCCACCUGGGAUGUGGGUAAUUCCAAUCCCCUUUGCGGAUGAUGUCCGCGAGAAUCCACCGACAUCAUACAAUCCAGCACCGGAGGAAUUGAUAAAUGCUAUGCGGGAUGUGAUCCAGCAACUUCAGCUUCCAAAAGCCGUUUAUGAACCCUCAAAAUACCCAAAUCCCGCCUUGCAGUGGCACUAUCGAAUUCUGCAAGCUAUCGCUCUGCAAGAAGACAUCCCCUCUGCGCAGGAGGAUAAAACCAUCCCGAAAUACCGACAAAUUCACAAGGUUAGUUUUGUAAAGAAGGGGGACUACUACCAGCUUUUACUGACUGGAUGUCUGUUGCAGCGUGCUGGCGAGUAUGUUGAUGAAUGGGCCCAGAAGGUCAACGCCCAUAUACCGAGCAUUUCCAGUGGAGCGACCAAGUCUACAUUGGUGAAACGGGGUGCCAAGUCUGAAGGUUCUGAUGACCCUCCACCAAAGCGACCAAAGAUUGAAUCUGGCUCUGGGGUGGAAGAGGAAGUGAAGCGUAGCUUUGCCAAGGGCGCUGUUUCCAAGCUCACGGUCGCCGUUCUUAAGGAGUUCCUACAUUCCCAUGGCUGGGCUAAUGCGGGCAAGAAAGCGGACCUUGUGGAAAGAGUCGAGCAAUACUUCGAGGAAAAGCGUUAG